UUCUCUCUCACUAAAAGUCUUACGCAGGACUUGACUGAGCCAGCGGGAUCCGAUAUCGCCUUCAUCUCAGGAGGGUUGAGCCUGUGGACACAGAGGGCCUUCUAUCCCACAGAGCCCUGGAAGAGAGUCUUGUUCAGCUCCUUCUUCAUCCCCAGCUCCAACUAUGUACUCUGCAGGAGUGGAGAUCCUUGGGAUGAUCCUGGCAGUGGCCGGGUGGCUGGGGGUAAUGGUAGCCUGCGGUUUGCCCAUGUGGCGGGUGGCUGCUUACAUCGGUCAGAACAUUGUCAUCUCCCAAGUGAUUUGGGAAGGCUUGUGGAUGAACUGUUCAGUGCAGAGCACAGGCCAGAUGCACUGCAGAGUGCACGACUCCAUGCUGGGGCUGCCAGUGGACCUGCAAGCCGCGCGUGCCUUGGUCAUUGUCUCCAUGGUACUGUGCAUUGUGGGCAUCGGCCUGUCAGUGGCAGGUGCCAAGUGCACCAACUGUAGCCGGGAUGUGAGCAGUAAACCAAGGCUUGUGGUGGCUGCUGGCAUAACCUUCGUGGUGGCUGGACUGCUGCUGCUUGUGGCUGUGUCCUGGACCGCGCAUGCCAUCGUCGUAGACUUUUAUGACCCGCUGUUGGAGGAGACGGGGAAGAGGGAGUUUGGUAAUGCUCUGUACUUUGGAUGGGCUGCCUCCUGCUUGCUCAUCCUAGGUGGAGCCCUACUCUGUUGCUCCUGUCCACCCAAAGCAGCUCCAGCACCGAGUGGUGGUGGCGCCAUGCCUCCCCGGAUUGAAUACUCACCUGUCAAGACUGUGUCAGUCAAUGCAUACACCAGAAGAGACUAUGUCUGAAUAUAUGACAUGUGGGUGCAGAUGAAGAUACAGUGACGAUUGUUAGCAAAUUUGUAUGUGGAUGUUUGGUUGCAUAGAUGUUAAUGCAGCAUCUUAGGCUUGGACAUAAAGAAUGAAUCACUGAUGCAUAUUUCCUAUUUCAUGAAGUGUUUUUUGACCGUUUUUCUGUAGUGGUGGGCAUCAUAUGUUGCUUUUAAUAUUUUC